UCCUCUUCAUCCAAAAAAAACGAACAGCCAUUCCCCAACCAUCUCCGCCCUCAUGUCCGGCGAGCGCAGCCCCGACGGCAACUCCCCGUGGCGCGAUUCCGAUGCCAAUACUUGUUGCUGACAAGAUCCUUCACCUACAAGGGCGAGCCCCCCUCCCAACUUCCGGCCUGACUGCGAGAUCUGACGACUUCUCCAUCUCUCUCCGUCCGUCCGUCCGCGUCGCCAAUUUGAUUCGACGGGGACCAGUAUGGGAGGGACUCCUCCUGUCGUCGAUUCCACCCCCGGCGACGAGCUAUCCGGGGCUGCUAUGGCGCCAUCCGGGUGGUCGGACCUCCCAAAUGAUCUCCUUCUCAGCAUCCUGCAACGCCUUGAGCUACCCCAAGCCCUUGCAUUUCAAGCUGUCUGCAAGGCAUGGUUCUCGGCGGCCAAGGCUGCCGGCAUCCCACAUUCUCGCACUCCAUGGCUCGUGUCUUGGGCCAACUUCCUCGAGCAAAGGGAAUUCAAGGUGGAUUCUCGGAUCAACUGGGCUCCAGGAGCAGCAACCUGCAACUUCCGCCACCCCCUUGACGUCCACAAGGUUUACAACGUUAAUUUUCCCAAGGGUUGCUUUGUUGCAUGUUGUGGAGCCUCCCACGGGUGGCUGGUUCUGGUAAAUGACCUUUCCAAUCUUGUUCUGUUCAACACGUUCACCUCGUGCAUGAUCCCUCUCCCGCCGAUCACUGAUUUCGCGUGCGUGACGGCUGUCUAUGACAAAGGAAACUUGCAACACUAUCUUUUUAGGAGAGACCAAGUAUAUCAGACAAAUUAUCUAGGAACAUGGUUUUAUCAGAAGGCUGUGUUGUCCUGCAGCCCGUCUAAUGGUGGUGACUACAUUGCGAUGAUCAUCCAUUGUGAUAGUGAUUGGCUUUCUUUCAUUAAGGCAGGAGAAAGCAAGUGGCAAACUGCUUCAAUUCUAAAUGCGAGCAAGGAAGACCGGUACAUCGAUUGUGCGUACCACAAUGGGAGGUUCUACAGCGUGACAAUGCACGGAACAGUGAUUAAGUGGGAUCUUGAUGCACCGGAUGGACCAACAAAGGAGGUGAUUGUUAAAUAUUAUAGCCACUAUGCACAUAUUCUUACUAGACACCUGGUAUCUACACCGUGGGGUGAUCUCUGGCAAGUCCGCAUGAUCUAUACAAGGGCAAAGAGUAGGUAUCCAGAUAAUGUCAAGUUCAAGAUUCGCAAGGUUGAUAUUGAAGGUUGCAGAAAAGUAUCGAUGGAGGAGUUGAGAGAUCAUGCGAUUUUCGUUGGACUCAACCACUCGGCAUGUUUACCCACAGAGAAUCUCCGUGGUGUACAACCUCAAUUAAUCUAUUUCUCUGCUCCCUGGAUGACACAAGCAUUUGAUUUGCUCGGCCGAAUUUCCGACUGGGGAGGUGUAAGGGCUUAUGACCCCAAAACAAGGACUUUCAAGCGUGUUUUUCCCUUUGGAGGUAUGCGUGAUUCGUUGAGCAUCCUUUACCCUUCGGAGGUAUGGAUCACUCCGGAUAUGUGAUGCACAGGUUAGCACCAGUAGUAUAUCUCAGAAGCUCGUCUGUGUAAAUUAUAUGUAGGAUCAGUAGAUAUUUGUAGGCCUUAAUUGUCUGUUCGAUUCGUAAGACGGCGAAGCCAACACUUCGAUUGGAAGUUUGGAGCCAACCUACAAUGCUGCAACACAGCGACAGCGGCGGUGUUAUUGCCACGGCUCAUGGGCUCCUUCACAAGCUCCGCGGCCGCGGCUCGCCGGUGAGGACUUCUCUCUAUGCGGACGACGCGGCGGUGUUUGUGGCACCAUUCAAGGAGGACAUCACAAAUCUAGCAUCCAUCUUACAUAACUUUGGUGAGGUCACGGGUCUUUGCACCAACCUGCAGAAAAGCUCUGUCGUCCCUAUACGUUGCACCAAUCUCAACUUGAAUGACAUUCUCGCGGACAUCCCUGCCACCAUCGCUUCCUUCCCGCUUAGGUACCUUGGGCUUCCGCUCUCCGUUUUGUGCUUGAAGAGAGGGGACUUCCAACAUCUUGAGGACAAAUGCGUAAACAAGCCCCCCACUUGGAAUGGCAAGCUCAUCUCCACGGCCGGCCGCACCGCCUUGGUAAAAUCGGUGAUCACCUCUCAAGCCAUCUACCACCUCACCCCCCUAUGCAUCCCUCCGGGCACUAUCAAAUUCAUCAACAAGAUUCAGAGAGCCUUCCUUUGGUCCGUCAAGGACACUACCACCGGGGCUAAGUGUAAAGUCAACUGGGAUAUGGUGUGCCGCCCUAAGAAGCUAGGGGGUCUCGGCGUUCUUCACUUGGAGAAGUUUGCGACAGCGCUUCGUUUACGAUGGCCUUGGCUUGAGUGGAAAGACCCUUCCAAGAUUUGGAUCGGCUCCGGGAACCCUUGCUCUCAUGAAGACAUGGACAUUUUCUAUGCAGCUACCGCCAUCACUCUUGGGAAUGGGAAGAAGACGCCCUUUUGGCAUGCCCCUUGGCUCCAAGGGAGAAAACCGAUUGACAUUGCCCCUCUCAUUUUUGUUGCUUCCAAGAGGAAGAAUUGGAAGUUCUCACAAGCUCUUUGCGAUGAUGUUUGGAUAAGCAAAAUCACCUUAGAUAUCUCCUUCACCGAAGAACACCUCUCCCAAUUUGUCGACCUUUGGGCCCUUAUAUCCAACGUCAACCUUGACCCGGAGGUGGAGGACGACAUUUCUUGGAAGCUUACGCCUAAUGGGCAAUACACGACCAAGUCGGCUUAUGAGUUGCACUUCAUCGGGUCCACCAUCUCGCCUAUGUACAAGACAAUAUGGAAAGCAUGGGCACCACCAAAGGUGAAUUUUUUUGCAUGGCUUGUCAACCAAGGAAGGAUUUGGACGGCCGACCGGUUGGCCAAGCGAGGGUGGCCAAAUUGUGGGCUAUGUCCUCUUUGCGAACAACACACGGAAUCUAUCGACCACCUCUUCGUCCAUUGCCGCUUCACCAUCCGCAUUUGGGGCCUCCUUAAAGAGUGGGCGGGGCUCAAUGAGCUUCACCCCAUGCAAUGGGCAAAUCUCAACACGGCCGAGUGGUGGUCCCUCAUGGCGGGAGGAGGCAUGCCCAACCGCAAGGCCAUGGCUUCUAUCACCUUGCUAGUUGCUUGGGAAGUGUGGAAUGAAAGGAAUGCUAGGGUCUUCCGGGCUAAAAGCGCGCCGGCGCAAGUAGUCUUCGAUAAGAUUAAGCAUGAGGCACGUUUAUGGGUUUUAGCGGGUGCCAAAAAUAUGGGCAAUAUAAUGCCGCGAGAGUAAUUCGUGUAAGCUUUAUGUACUACUUCUUAGCAUGUUCUCUCAUGUCGAACCUUCUUCUUAAUUAAUAGAAUGAGGCAAAGCUUUUGCCCCCGUUUCAAAAAAAAAAAAAAACACAGCGACAGCCUCUAAAAGAACUAGCCAAGUUGGUGCGGUGACACUCCCAGUGUCGCAUAUGACUGAAGUUAGGUUAUUUCAACUGGAUUCCAUGAACAGAAAGCUGAAGUUUGACAUUGCAGCUAAUGUAGGGCAUUACACAGCACAGUUAUAUUUACAUCAUGAAAAAGAAAAUAUUACGGUUUUACAUAAA